AUGUGCGGUAUCUGCGUCUCCAUUUCGUUUGCUCAGGGGAAGGCAUCGGAUGUAGACUCUACAGGCAGAGAUCAUGUAUACGAUACUCUGAAGAAGGAGCUGCAACUAGCGAAUGCUGCGAGAGGACCUGAUGCGCAGAGAUCUCACAUAGAGAACCUCACCGGUACCGCAGCCUGUGGACUGUCCCUUGAAUGCUACUCUUCCGAGCUUUGGCUACGAGGUGAUUCUCCCAUCGUUCAGCCGCACGUACAUCCCGACACGGGCAAUGUGCUUUGCUGGAAUGGAGAGAUUUUCGACGGCUUGAACAUAAGCGUCCAUGAGAACGACGGCGCGCGGCUAAGCGCCGCCCUGUCCAGCCUAUCCUCCCCCGAACAACUCGUCGAGUUAUUCGGCGCUCUUGAAGGGCCAUACGCUUUCGCGUUCUAUCACCGUGCGUCCCGCCGUCUAUUCUUCGCGCGCGAUCCGCUCGGCCGCCGGAGUCUGUUGCUGCACACGCCGACGAGGGAGCGCCCCUGGUUCUUUCUUGCUAGCUCGUCUGCUGGGACAAGGGACGGCUAUGAGUUAGCUGAAAUCGACACGGGAUGCUUCUAUGCACUCGAUCUGGGUGGAGUCGUUGAAACUGAGGAUCCAGUCUCGCAGUUUUCGAGCUUCUUGCAAGAGCUUCCUCGCAGCAUUCCCGCAGAGGAUAUCCAAAGAUUACGAUAUGCUUUGCCAAUACGUACCAACGGCGUACCUCCGCCCGCGGAGCAUGAGCCCACUUUGGGCAGUGUAGCGGAGAUCCCGGAUUAUCUCGCUGAACCAGUAAAUCAACUGAUAGCGCAUCUGGACACGAGCUCCAGGUUGCGCGUCGAAAAUAUCCCUGCUCCUGCCAUAGCUAGCAGUGCUCGCGUCGCGGUCCUGUUCAGCGGUGGUAUCGAUUCGACCAUGUGCGCGUUCCUUGCCCAUAGACAUGUCCCCAUGGAUGAACCAAUAGACCUAUUGAAUGUCGCAUUCGAGAACCCGCGAAAGCUGCAGGCUCGGCCGAAACGCAAAGGGAGGCAACCGCUCGUAGAAGAGAAGCGCGAAGUCGACUAUAUGGUUCCGGAUCGGGAGACUGGGUUGCAGGAGGUUGAAGAACUGAGAAGGAUAUGUCCAGGAAGGACAUGGAACUUCGUGGAGGUCAAUGUUCCGUACGCAGAGUACCAGGCGUCAAGACCAGUAGUGGAGGCUAUCAUCUGGCCGCGAAAUACAGUCAUGGAUUUGAGCUUGGCAAUGGCACUGUACUUCGCCGCUCGCGGGCUCGGGCAAGUGAGAGAUCCACCCGCAGGAGAGCCGCGUCCAUAUCAUAGCACAGCCCGCGUAUUGCUGAACGGGCUUGGAUCUGAUGAACUGUUGGGCGGAUAUGGUCGCCAUCGCACUGCAUACGUCCAACAGGACGGAUGGAAGUCGGUCAUCGAAGAGCUUCAGUUGGACCUCGACCGCAUACCAACCCGCAACAUGGGCCGAGAUGACCGCGUCAUCUCAUCCCACGGCAAAGAAGCGCGUCACCCCUUCCUCUCUCUAGACGUCGUCAACUUUCUCGCUAGUCUGCCCGUACACCACAAGAUGGACCCGAGGCUUCCGAUGGGCGUUGGUGACAAGAUGCUACUACGCUUGGCGGCGUAUAAGUUGGGCUUGAUAGAGGCCAGUACGAGGAAAAAGAGGGCGAUGCAGUUUGGCAGUCAUUCUGCGAGGAUGGAAGUAGGGACGCCCAAUAAUGGCGGCGCACGAUUACUUGAAUAG